UUUGAACACGCGUUGUAAACAUUGACGUGUGCUUUUGAUGCCGAUGAUAAGUUGGUAUAGUGUUACCAGGGUCGAAAAUGACCAAAGUUUAAGCCUACAUGACUGUUUCACAGAGCUUAAGUAGCAGACAUAUCUCAACAUCGGGGUUUGAAGACUAACAUCAUGGCAAAUGCACUGGCCAAACUGGGAUUCCACAAUAAGCUGAUUUUAGCACCUAUGGUGCGGGUAGGUACUCUACCCAUGAGACUUUUGGCAUUGGACUAUGGUGCAGAUAUUGUCUACUGUGAGGAACUGAUUGAUCUCAAAAUGGUUCAGUGUAAGAGGAUUGUUAAUAAUGUCUUGGAGACAGUGGACUUUGUAGCCCCCGAUGAAAGGAUAAUGUUCCGCACCUGUAGUAAAGAGAAGGACUGUGUCGUCUUUCAGAUGGGAACAGCUGAUCCAGAGAGAGCACUGGCUGUAGCCAAACUUGUUGAGAAUGAUGUAGCAGCCAUUGAUGUGAAUAUGGGCUGUCCAAAGGAAUACUCCACUAAGGGUGGAAUGGGAUCUGCGCUGCUUUCUGACCCUGACAAAAUCGAGGCUAUUCUGAGCACACUGGUGAGAGGAAUUUCAAAACCAGUGACCUGCAAAAUCCGAGUCCUUUCCACUCUGGAGGAGACUGUUAGUUUGGUGAAGAGAAUUGAAAAAACAGGAGUGGCAGCUAUAGCAGUGCAUGGAAGGAUGAAGGAGGAGAGACCACGGCAUGCACUACACUGCGACUACAUUCAAGCUGUAGCUGAAAAUGUGUCUAUUCCAGUAAUAGCUAGUGGUGGAUCUCAUGAUCUCAUUAAAGCAUAUGAUGAUAUCGAACAAUUUCGAGAGAUGACCGGAGCAUCCUCUGUUAUGUUAGCUCGGGCUGCUAUGUGGAACCCUUCAAUAUUUCGCUCCCAGGGAAUGGUGUCAGUAGAUGAGGUUAUGGAAGAAUAUGUAAAAUAUGCUGUUCGCUAUGACAACAACACAUUCAACACCAAGUACUGCCUGUGCCAGAUGUUAAGGGAUAGGGUGGAAUCGCCAAUGGGCAAACAGCUUCAUGGUGCGCAGACCAAUGAAGAAAUCUGUGAGGUGUUUGGCAUGAGUGAUUUCUACAAGCAAGUCCAAGCAGAGCUGGAGAACCGCAAAAAAGCCCUUGAUGCCAACAGCUGCAGUCUUUCAAAUCAGCCUGUACUGGAUGGCGAUGUCAUCACUAUGGCUCUCAAGUUUGAAAGGAGAGAGUAUCCCCCUCAGAUCACUCCGAAGAUGUACUUGCUUGAAUGGAGCAGGAAGGAGAAGCUGGAGCAGCCUGUGUAUGAAACGGAACAACGUGCCCAAGACAGAUGUUUCCAGUCUACAGUAAUGGUGGCAAAUAAAAAGUACAGGUCAACGCUAUGGGAGAAGUCCAAGAAGUUUGCUGAACAAGCUGCCGCUAUCGUGUGUUUGCGCACACUAGGUGUACCAGAGGGACGUAUAGGAGAGGGCUACUCAGGACUGGUAAACAAGAGAAAAAGGGAAGAGAAAAAAAGCACCAUUUCAGAGGACGGCAGCAUUACAGACUUGGCACACAGGAAGAGACGGCUCACUGAGCCAUCGCAAAAAGAGGAACAGGAAUCAAAUGACAAUCUGGGUGUAGGCAAUGGCUCCUGUGGUCAGACUGUAUCCUGACCAUGACUAGACGACCAAUGCUAAGUUAUGAACUCUCCACAAGGAGUGUCUGCUGCUACGUGGCUGCAUUGCAUUUGUCUGAUGUACCACAGCAUGUCUAAAUUACACACGGACCUGUCAGCUUGAAGAGAUGCUUAUUCUCCCUGAUAAUUUUAACUUUUAUUUGAUAAUUAUUUUAUGUGCUGUUUCUCUUUAUGUUUAUGUACACCACAUCUUAUCUUAUUAGGUAUGCCAACUCAAUUCGACUAAACUUGAUAUUGUGAGCAGCUCCGGUACAAGCUAAUGCUGCAACUCUUUCAUUGUCGCUACUGUGAUAAAAUGGUCCACCAGCCACAGAACAUCUGGUCAGGUGUGGCCCUGUGGUGGUUUCUGUCCAUUGAUGCAUGGGCUGUUAAAAGACUAACAAAUUGUACAUAACAAAAGAUGAUGUACAAUAGGAAAAGACGAUGUAUGUAAUAAAGUGACAACUGAGUAAUAUUUGUGGAAUGCAAGCGAUGUUCAUGUAAUAACAUGAAUAACAUUCUGGUGUUUUCACAGCUCCCUAUUCACCUUAUUCAACUUAUUGGUUUCUUGCCAAACGAAACAAACUCUAAUUGGUUUAGUUAGAAAAGAGAAACACCGAAAUGUGCAGAGUAUUAGUAACCCUGGACCACCGUUAAGAAACACUUUUCUAGUCCAGUCAGGCAGAGCAGUUCCCAAUAAACCUCAUUCAAUCCUAAUAUAAACACAGUCCUGUUAGCACAGCAGUGUGGAAACCCUGCCAAAGCUCAAAAGCCACACGGCCUGUGUGUGGUGUAAACCAAAAACAAAAUUUAAAUUUAAACCGUGCAUAUAGUUAAGUUCUAGAUUUUUUUUAUUAUAAAUAGUAAAGGUAACCUAAGGCCUUAAUGAAAUGUUUAGUGGAUGUAUAUAUUUUACCUAUUUUAUUUGUAUUAAAACUUUAAAUAUA